AUGUUUCUUACUCCAGCAUUUAUUUGUCCGACAGGGAUGGGCACGCCGAGCACGCAGCAUGCAACGUACGCGGCCCUCUACCGCCUCAACGACCCGGUCUUCCUGCGGGACGUCCUCGACGACGACGUCGUCUUGCGCACCUACGACGGCUGCGUCCUGCAUGGCGCGACUAACGUGCUCGCCUACCUCGUCGGCCCCGGCAUGACCGAGUGGAGCCAGCUCGUGCACGCCGUCGACGCGAUCGCAAGCGUUGCGGCGCGAGCCACCAAGACGCGCUACAUUACCGAGGCCGGCUAUGUCAAGGAUGUGCUCUUUGAAGAGGUCAUUACGUGGACUGACGACCUCCUCAUUGCCUCGAUCGUGCACACGUCGUCGCACAGCCACCGACCACGGGCCUUGUCACGCCGCUUGUCGGCGUCCGCCCACAGCGCGCAGCAGGUCGUGUGCGAGAGCAUCGACAGCCUCGUCGACACGUUCGUCUCGAGCUCGACCGCGUCAUCGCGCCUGUCGUCCUCGAGCGCUUCGUCCUGCGUUACAACAGCGCCGUGCUGCUUUGAGAUCUCGCACGCGUCCGUGACCGACCUCAGCGUCGUCAAGCCCCACCGCCCGAUCCACGCAUAUUUGCUCAUCAAGGAAUUUCCCUCCGGAAGAGUGCUCCACCGCUCGAUGGUCAUGAAGCACCAGCGCGCGCCGCAGUGGCCGACACCGAUCACCUUGGUGUGCUCGCCCAGCUUUCGGCGCCUCGACAUUUCUGUCAUCCAUACAUCCCUCGUGUACACCAAACACCUCGGCAUGGUCAGCAUCGAUGCGUCCGUGCUGCCGUCCAAGCCCCGAGAGCAAUACGAUUUCAUGGGCUCGAUCGUCGGCGACCCCAACAAUGCCCCCGAUCUCUACCUGACGUUUCACCGGUGCGGCUCCAAGCACGACGCGAGUGCAUUGGCUGCACCACUCUACGCGCCCCACGACCUAGCGGCGCCGAGUAUGAUCUUGGCGGCGCCCGCCGCUGACGUGCCACCACCGACCAUCUACUACCCGCCGCGAGGGGCGCCCGUCGACGCCGCCAAAGGCGAGCUCGUGUACCAUAUGCUGCAGGCCGUGAGUCUCUCGCUCUUGUGCGUCCUCGGUAUGGUAUUGAUCGAGUACACAACGUUAAGCUCGUAA